CUUUGGCCACCCUAAAAGUGCAGGUUUUGUUAGCAAACUAACUCGAACUGUACAACCGCGCCGACUUUAUUUAAAGUUGUGCAUCCAUCCGCUUUUCGAUCUUUGAGCGCGCGAGCUGGUGAUUGGAGCCCGAAGAUUGCACGAAGACGAACCGUUGAGUUUUAAUCGCUGCCAGUUUUUGCACAAGCCAGCGAUCCCGAGCGGGUGUAAGGCUAGAUGAAGGGAGGGAGGGAGUAAAAAAAGGCAAAAGUCUUUGUGCUUCCCUUCCCCCUCAUCAAAGCAAAGGGGAAAUGUCUCUGUCUAAAGGAGGGAAGAAGAAGAACCCUGGGCUGAAGCUGGCCAAAGAAGUCUUUGCACAGCCCCAACCACCAGCAGCAGCGCCCCCUCGAGAUCUGGACUCGAAAGCGUGCGUCACAAUUGGAGAUCGGAACUUUGUGGUGAAGGCCGAUGACUUGGAGCAGAAUGAAGAGCUGGGCCGGGGAGCGUACGGGGUCGUGUACAAGAUGAAGCAUGUGCCCAGCGGUGUUAUCAUGGCUGUCAAGAGGAUUCGUGCCACCGUUAACACUCUGGAGCAGAAGAGGCUUCUGAUGGACUUGGACAUUUCCAUGAGGACGGUGGACUGCUUCUUCACGGUGACCUUCUAUGGCGCCCUCUUCAGAGAGGGGGAUGUUUGGAUCUGUAUGGAGCUGAUGGACACGUCUCUGGAUAAGUUCUAUAAGAAGGUUACUGAGAAAGGCAAAAACAUCCCCGAGGACAUCUUGGGCAAGAUCACAGUAGCAAUUGUCAAGGCAUUAGAGCACCUGCACAGUAACUUGUCAGUGAUACACAGAGAUGUGAAGCCCUCCAAUGUUCUGAUCAACACUCAGGGCCAAGUGAAGAUGUGUGACUUUGGCAUCAGUGGCCACCUGGUGGACUCUGUGGCUAAAACAAUAGAUGCAGGCUGCAAGCCCUACAUGGCGCCUGAGCGCAUCAACCCUGACCUCAACCAGAAAGGCUACAGUGUCAAGUCAGACAUAUGGAGUCUGGGUAUCACAAUGACUGAGCUGGCCAUUUUGAAAUUCCCCUACGACUCAUGGGGAACCCCGUUCCAGCAGCUCAAGCAGGUGGUGGACGAGCCGUCUCCACAGCUGCCCGCCGACCGCUUCUCCCCCGAGUUUGUAGACUUCAUCUCCCAGUGCUUAAGAAAGAAGCCAAAUGAGAGACCUGCUUAUACCGAAUUAAUGGAACAUCCGUUUCUCAUCAUGCACGACUCCAAAGACACAGACGUGGCCACUUUUGUCAAAGUCAUCCUGGAUGACUGAUGGGCUCCCUGCGGGCCCGAGCCCAUCGGGUCAGGUGGGACUUCUCAGCAAACAAACCAACGGCCCACCUGCCUUGCUUAAUAAUUUUUUUAAACUCACUGGAACGACACUCUCAAGCCCCCACACACAACAAGGUGUGACCGAAAGACUGACGGCAGCAUUGGAGUGGGAGAGUGGUGGUAGUAUGAACUCUACGGUCAGAAACCAACUGGGGAGGUUUAAUUCGCUCCUCCGAAGCUUCCCGUGUGUGCGAUUAUUCAACAUGACAAAUAUGAACUGAACCAGAUUUGUUGUUCUUUGUUUUAUUCUUUUGCCCCGCAGCCCCUUUUUUAUCUCUUUCUCCUCAGAACAGACAGAGCCAGCCAUCAUUUCUAUUUGUGACGCAUAUUGUAUGAUUACUUUGAAUAUCAUCUGCAAAACCAACAGUUAAUGUGUAUCUUGUGUAUUGAAAUCUAUAUUUGCAUAUGUGUUUGUACGUUUUCUCAUUAUACGAAGUUUUGAUACUGUAUAUCGUCGACAUGUGUGAAUUGUACCGGACUGGGGCCUUAUUGUCAGGUGACAUCAGGUGAACAGUUCAACCUGGUUCUGCUCUGCGGAGGUCGGUCAGUGCAGAUGCUGCAGUUGUCGCUCCAGAGCGAUUAUAAAACUUUAAAAGAAAUGUCAAAGGUCACUUUCUGUACGUGACGAGUUGCAAGUCAUAACGGGGGAAUGCAACGCAUCCCUUCUCACCUGAUCCCAUUGUGAUGCAAGCUGAGGGUCUUCACGCAGUGACCCCUCUGUACUCGUCUUCUUUCGUGGGUAUUAACGAGUCGGCCUCAGUGCUGCCGUUGUUACUACCUGGAAGUAUUCAGAGGUUGCCUGAUCGAGCUCACAGCUUUAUCUCUUUGUGUAAAUCGUUCUCAUGAAUUCCUGUUAAUUGUGUUUUUCCUCUUUUUUUGGACUCGUUCUGUCCUUCAUUUUGAUUUGAUCUUCGCAGCAGUUAUACUCAUCCCUUUGCCUUCAGGUCUCAAUUCUGGAGUCAACAUAGUCUUUUCAUGUGAUAUGAUUCACUUAUGUAUUUUCUUUCCCCCCGAUUCCCUGUUAUGCAUUACACAGACAGUAUGUUCGGGAAAUAAUUUAUAUGUUGAUGAUGUAAAUACUACCAACUUUUCUUUAAUUUUUUAAAAUGUGAUAUGGCAAUGUCAUAACUUGGCAGUGCAGAUGGGUGGUAGAGUGUUUGGUAGUUUAAUGCAGUGUGACGUACAUCCCACCCCACCACCACACACACACACACAGGGCCAGCUGACUACCGUACACCUAUUUUGGACUGAUGUGCUGUCAAGCGCCACCGCCCCAUUUAAUUUUCCCCAUGUCGUACUCUCCUUGAGUGCCGGACCGAGAGCCUUUUCUCAGUCCAUAGUGGGCAGCCAUUAUCUCCUGUGUCAGACCGUGCUAUGCAGAGCCCUUCGCCUUGGACACGCCAUGGGGCCCUCGCCAUGAGGCCCUCGCCAUGUGGCGGUUUUGCCACUCCAAGUGUUCAGAGACGCUGAUGGUGAUGACGGCGAAGAUAGCGACGAUGACUGCUACGCCUCUGUUCAUGGCUAGUGCUCAUCACCCUCUGGUUUACACUGUAGUGCAACCUUUACAAGUCAGUAAGUUAGGAGUAUUUUUUUUAAAAUUGUGAAUAAUAAGGGAAAGCUAGCAACAUCACAAAGAAGCUGCUAUUCUUUGUUUCUUUUUUUUGUCAGUCUUCUUUGGAUGGCCAUUCCCUUGGUGUGUAAAAUGCUGAUUUUGCGCCGAUCACAAUGAGAAUGGAACACUUGCUCUACCUCUUACUCCUUCACUCUAUUUGCCACCUUUUCAUUGGGUGUGACCGACGAACUUGAACUAUGGAAAGACAAAAAAAUAAAGGCUUUAUUGUUCAGUA